AUGUCCAGCCCACUCCCACCCACCACAGACCAGUGCCAUCCCCCGCAAACCCUAAGACACGGACGAUCCCUCCAACAACUCCUCGAAUCCCACUUCUCUCUCCAAGGCCGCACUAUUAUUCUAACAGGAGGCGCCCGCGGGAUUGGUCUCCAGCUUCUCCAAGCGAUCAUCGCAGCCGGCGCAGACGUCGCCUGUCUGGACCUGCUCCCCGGCCCGCCAACAGAAGCGCUCGAGCAGCUCAAAUCACAAUGCGGGGCAGACUCCUCCGUAAUCUCCUUCCACCAGUGCGACGUAACGGACGAAAUAGCGGUGCAGUCUGCCGUUCGCCAGAUCCAACAGCAGGCGGUGGCUCAGCGCCGACCUAUCCGAGGACUGGUGAACUGCGCGGGGACACAGAUCGCUGGAGAGGCGUUGUCCCUUCCUGGAGGGGACUUCCGAAGAGUCGUCGAUGUGAAUCUAACGGGGAGCUUCUUUGUUGCGCGUUGCGUAGCUGAUGUUCUGAGGGAGACGGGGCAAUCGGGGAGCUUGGUGCUUGUUGGGUCGAUUGCUGGGCAUGCGGCGAAUCGGGGAAUAUGGAACUCAAACUACAACGCCUCCAAAGCAGCCGUUAUCCAGUUGACGCGCUCUCUCGCUCUCGAAUGGGGCCAAUACAAUAUCCGAGUGAACAGCCUCUCACCUGGCUUCAUCCGCACGGCGAUGACCAACGAGUUGCUGGUGGAACGGCCGGAGUUUCACGAUCUGUGGAUGGCGGGGGCAAUGUUGGGUCGGUUGGGUGAAGUGGAUGAUCUGGAGGCAGCGGUGCUGUUUCUUUUGGGGGAUGGGGCGCGGUGGAUGACUGGGGCGGAUUUGCGGGUCGAUGGAGGGAACAAUGCGGCGAUGUGA